AUGUGUCUCUUGGAAUUAGUGACAUGGAAGUCAGAUAUAAUCAUAGAAAGAGUUGUUGAAGUGACAGAUAUAGAAGCCAAAAUGAAGUGGGCUGUCUUGCUCUCCUUUUAUGCCCUUCACCACAACCCAAAGAUAUGGCCAAACGCAGAGGUGUUUGACCCUUCCUGGUUUGCACCGGGUUCCUCUCAACACAGCCAUGCUUUCCUGCCCUUCUCAGGAGGAUCAAGGAACUGUAUCGGGAAGACUUUUGCCAUGAACGAGAUGAAGGUGGCAGUGGCCCUGACCCUGCUCCGCUUUGAGCUGGCACCACAUCCUUUUAAGGUCCCUGUUCCCACUCCAAGAAUUAUGUUGAUGUCCAAGAAUGGGAUCCACCUGCAUCUCAGGAAGCUCCUCUAACCCUUGUGGGGACAAAAUGAGCCCUGAGAGCCUCCUGCCUGCCAUCAUGUCUUCCUGUCAGUCUCUCCUGUCUGCUCUCUUCUGCUUACUUCCUGCUCUCACUCUGCCCACUGCCAGCCUCCUGUUCUCCUCCCCUUGUGCAUCAGAUGUCUGUCCUUCUCCAUCUCACCCUUUCCCAAGAUUCUCACCUGCUUGCCUGUUACCUUUCUCCUACCCAGCUGUAGCUCUGACUAUCCAUGUAAGUCAUGAACAGAGGCCUGUCCCCCAGGCUGUCUGCCCUCUCCCCGUUGCUGUUCCUUUCUAUCUGCUUUGUGUUCCUUGCUGCUUAACCACAUUACACAGACUUGGCUCCUUAAAAGAGCACAAGUUGAUGAUCCUGUAGCUUAGCUGAUCAGAAAUAGGGAAUGGGUCUCCCUGGCACAACAAAGGUGUUACAGAACCUCUAAGGGAGAAUCUCUUCUCUUGCAUUUUCUACCUUCUAAACGUCUGCUCUUAAGGCUAUUCAGUGAGGGGAUUAGGCCUCCCCGUUUAUCAAG